CAGUAUUUAGUUGCAGGACGUUUUAGAACUCAGAAUGUUUAAUCAAAGUACGUUGGGUAAUACAUCGGGGUAUGGCACAACGACUACUCCGUCGUCAGCUAACCCAAUGAAAGAUUUUGAAGUUACAUCCCCUCCUGACGAUUCAGUGUCGUCUUUAGCGUUCAGUCCCGCCACAAUACCACAAAAUUUUUUGAUAGCUGGAAGCUGGGACAACAACGUCCGCUGCUGGGAAGUCGAACAGACAGGAAAAACAAUUCCCAAGUCAAUGCAGACCAUGCAGGGUCCAGUACUGGACGUAUGUUGGAGCGAUGAUGGGACUAAAGUCUUUAUGGCUUCUUGCGAUAAGAUGGUAAAAUGUUGGGAUCUGAAUAGCAACCAGACAGUGCAAGUUGCCCAGCAUGAUGCACCGGUGAAAACAUGUCACUGGAUAAAAGGAAACAUGUAUUCUUGUUUAAUGACAGGAUCAUGGGACAAAACUCUCAAGUUCUGGGACACGCGAAGUGCAACUCCCAUGCUAAGUAUCACUCUUCCGGAAAGGGUAUAUUGUGCAGAUGUUGAUUUUCCAAUGGCAGUGGUAGGUACUGCCGGCCGAGGACUCAUAGUGUAUCAAUUGGAAGGGAAACCCCAGGAGUACAAACGUACUGAAUCACCCCUCAAGUAUCAGCAUCGAUGUGUUGCAAUUUUCCGUGACAAAAAGAAGUCACCUACAGGAUAUGCUUUGGGCAGUGUGGAAGGCCGUGUAGCAAUCCAGUAUGUAAAUUCAACUACUGCGAAAGAUAAUUUCACAUUCAAGUGCCACCGUUCAAAUGGGGCACCUAAUGGCUAUCAAGAUAUCUAUGCUGUGAAUGAUAUUGCUUUCCACCCUGUGCAUGGGACACUGGCAACUGUUGGUUCUGAUGGUAGUUUCAGUUUCUGGGAUAAGGAUGCACGCACAAAACUGAAACCUUCAGAGACCAUGGAACAAUCAAUUACACGCUGCUGCUUCAAUAGCAGUGGCCAUAUAUUUGCAUACGCUGUCAGCUAUGAUUGGUCAAAGGGCUACGAGUUCUACAACCCAAUGAAAAAGAAUUACAUAUUUCUGCGCUCGUGUUAUGAGGAACUGAAACCUCGCAGUUCAUCUUGAAUAUUUAAAGCUGUUAUGUACCUGGUGACUGUGUAAAUAUCAGAUCAUUUGUAAUAGCACAAAUAGGUCUUUCCUACAAUGAGUUACAUAUGUGUAUUAUUUUCAGCAUUUAUCAUUUUAUAAAGACUGUACUCAGACUGUAUUCAAAUAAAAUUAACAUUUUUGUAUGCUGUGAGUUUUCAAUUUUUGUUGGUUGUCACUUUUGCAGUUGCUGGUGUAAACUGUUUGUUUCUGAUAUUUACUAUUCUAGAGAACCAGUAACUGCGUAGCACUCGGAGAAACAGAAUGAAUAAUUAUUUCAAAUGUUUAUGUAGUUUAAUAUAUCAAGUGUUAAGAGGGAGUGAAAGUGAGAAAAAAGGUAAAAAAAGGCCAAACACUAAUUAUUUUGUGUAGUUCACAUUAUUUAAUGUUCUGUGUAUCUGUGGGGAGAGGCAGCAAGUGCACUUUACAUUCUCUCUCACUCACUCUCUCUCUGCUUAGAAGAUUAAAGAUUAAAAAUAGCGUAUCAUGACUUCAGAGUCAAUAGAAAGUCAUUUUUUAAUUGACUUAGUUAUUACGUCCAGUUAAGUAUGAAAUUAGUCAAAAGUUUUCAUCUGUUUUAACUGUACAUUUUGUAGUUACCUUUUUCCCCAAAUGUAAAGGAAAACAUUUACAAGUGAUGUACUCACAAUUUGUAAUAUAGAUACUAAUUAAACUUUGGUAUUCUCUUA